GCCGUGUUCAGUCUGUGAACGACUCCGUCCGGUGCGCGUGCGUGUGCCGGCCAUGAUCACCGGCUGAGCGGCCACCAUGCUCGUGCCCCCUGAGAUGAUGGCGGCUCAAUCCAAACUGGUCUACCAGAUGAACAAGUACUACAACGAGCGUGUCGCCAAUCGUAAGGCGCAGAUCGCCAAGACUAUCAAUGAAGUAUGCCGGAUAGUUCAGGAUGUACUCAAGGAGGUGGAACUGCAGGAGCCCCGGUUUAUUUCCUCUUUGACGGAUUAUAACGGGCGGUUCGAUGGUUUGGAGGUGGUUUCUCCACACGAGUUCGAAAUCAUCAUUUACCUUAAUCAGAUGGGCGUCCUUAACUUCGUGGAUGACGGCUCUCUGCCAGGCUGCGCCGUGCUUAAACUUAGCGACGGAAGGAAACGUUCCAUGUCCCUCUGGGUGGAGUUCAUCACAGCCUCUGGAUAUUUAUCCGCCAGAAAAAUACGUUCAAGAUUCCAAACGCUGGUUGCGCAGGCCUGCGACAAGUGUUCCUAUCGUGACUGUGUUAAAAUGAUCGCCGAGACGACGGAGGUGAAGUUGAGGAUCCGCGAACGAUACAUAGUGCAAAUAACGCCGGCUUUCAAAUGUGCCGGCUUGUGGCCUCGCUCGGCGGCGCACUGGCCCCUACCAACCAUACCUUGGCCGCAUCCUAACAUCGUGGCCGAGGUCAAAACUGAAGGUUUCGAUUUACUUUCUAAAGAGUGUUUGACUUUGCAAGGAAAGAAUUCCGCUAUGGAAGGCGACGCGUGGGUGCUGAGCUUCUUUGAAGCUGAAAACCGACUCCUACAAGGCGGUUGUAGAAAGAAAUGCUUAAGUAUUUUGAAAACUAUAAGGGACAGGCAUCUCGAUCUGCCCGGGAAUCCGGUGACAUGCUACCACAUGAAAACAUUACUUUUAUACGAAUGUGAGAAACAUCCACGAGAACAUGAAUGGGACGAAGGCGCUAUAGGGGACAGAAUAAACGGAAUAUUCCUCCAGUUGAUAUCCUCACUUCAGUGUCGCCGAUGUCCGCACUACUUUCUUCCUCACGUGGACUUGUUCAAAGGCAAGUCUCCAACGGCAAUGGAAAACGCUGCGAAGCAGGUCUGGCGGCUGACGAGAGAGAUGCUCACGAAUUCGAGGGCCUUCGAGAAGCUGUGAAGAGUAGUGUGGAGAUGUGAAGUUCUAUGUGAUGUGAUGUGUCGCUGAUCCCGGAGUCAUAUAAUGUGUAGUCUCGUUAUGUAGUGCGUUAGUAUGUAAGAGUAGCGCGGUAGCGACCGGUCGGAGCGAACAGACAGUAAGUAGAAGUGAUACUUCUAACGUUACGUUCAUUCAAAUAUUAUUUGUGAUAUAAUGUAAAUAGCUUACUUAUUGUACAAUUUUAGUGAUAUUUAUUUCGAUGGAAGCGAAAAUUCGUGUAUUUAUUUGACUGAAAUCUUUUAGAGUAGGUGUAUAAUCUAUAUUAUAAUAAUAAAUAUUUCGAAACUAUA